AUGGGUAUCAUACUGCAGUCCUGGGAUACUGUGGUAGUGACCCUGAUCACACUGAUGAUUGUUACUGUGGAUGCCAAGAUUUAUGAACGCUGUGAAAUAGCAAGGAAGCUGGAGAAAGCAGGUCUCAAUGGCUACCGAGGCUAUACUAUUGGAGACUGGUUAUGCAUGGCACACUAUGAGAGUGGUUUUGACUCUGCCUUUGUGGACCACAACCCUGAUGGCAGCAGUGAUUAUGGCAUUUUCCAGCUGAACUCUGCCUGGUGGUGUGACAAUGGCAUCACACCUACCAGGAACCUCUGCCACAUGGAUUGUCGUGAUUUACUCAAUCGCCAUCUAUUGGAUGACAUCCUGUGUGCCAAGAGAGUUGUGAGUUCACAUGACAGUAUGAGAGCCUGGAAUUCUUGGAUUCAGCACUGUUCUGGCCAUGAUUUAUCUGAAUGGCUCAAAGGGUGUGAUUUGCAUGCAAAAUCUGACUCAAGAAAAGAUUCUUGGGGAUAA